CCCGCAGUUGCAAACCGAGCGCAGAUCUGUUAGUUGUGUUGCGUUGUACCAGGCGAAGUGGUUUAUUGAGGUUAUCUCCUAUUUUUAUUUUGAAUUUUCUUAUUUAUUCUUUAUAAGUAAAGUGAUAAUUAUAAUUAUUCUAAAUGAUUUUGUAAGUAUAUAGUGAACCAUGUCGUCUGUGUUAAUCAAGCCUAUUCUGUAUUCCUAUUGGAGAAGUUCCUGUGCGUGGAGAGUUCGAAUAGCACUGAACUUAAAAGAAAUCCCCUAUGAUAUCAAACCAGUUUCAUUGAUAAAAGCUGGAGGGGAACAACAUUCAAACGACUAUCGAGAUGUCAAUCCCAUGGAACAGGUUCCAGCUUUGCACAUAGACGGAACCACCCUUAUAGAAUCUUUAAAUAUUAUGCAUUAUCUGGAAGAAACCAGACCUCAUAGGCCGUUAAUGCCCAAUGACUGUAUUAAAAGAGCAAAAGUAAGAGAAAUAUGCGAAGUAAUAGCAUCUGGUAUCCAGCCAUUACAAAAUCUUACAGUUCUAAUCCACGUCGGCGAAGAAAAGAAAGAUGAAUGGGCGAAACAUUGGAUUAAACGCGGUUUCAAAGCCGUCGAAAAACUCUUAGCUGCUAGUGCUGGGAAAUAUUGUGUCGGGGAUGAAAUAACUCUAGCUGAUUGUUGUCUUAUUCCUCAAGUUUUUAAUGCAAGGAGGUUCCACGUAGACUUAAGACCUUAUCCAACUAUUUUAAGAAUUGAUAGAGAGCUAGAAGCUCACCCAGCUAUCCGAGCAGCACAUCCAAGCAAUCAACCUGAUUGUCCACCAGAGGCUAUCAAAUAAUAAAUUCGCCAAAUGUUUAUAUAUUAAAAAUCUUUCGAUUAUUGAAUUGUUUUCAAAAUAUGUUAAGUAUUAAUUUAAAAAAUUAUAUUACAUAUAACAGUCAGCCACAACUGGAACAAGUUCACAUUUUUGUUUCUUCAUCUACGAGUAUUACAUGCUUUAUACACUUUUUCCAAUCCUCCUGAUUUACAUUGUUGGCCAGCGAUUCCAGCGAACUCACCUGGAUGUAAGUAGUCUAGUUAGAGGUUUCAUGGAUUUGAAUAUGCCGAGCUUUCGAUUCCUUACCUGGAGUCUUCAUCCAAGCUCCCAGUUUACUUAUUCCUAUCCAGUUCAUGUUCACUGACCUUUUUACUUUACCGAUAAUAGUUGAUGUACUAUUUAGAGAAAUUAUUGGAUGGAGUCUUUUUAGCCAGUGAGUUUAUAGCUACAAAUAAAAACGUUCCAUAAAUUUUAAUACUUAACAUUUUUUGACAACUUAUAUCUGCUUAAAUUUAUAUUUUUAUUUGGUAAAAAAUCAUUUGCCAAAAUGUUAAAAAUAAAUUUAACCACAUUUUAUGCAUGAAUCUUUUAUACAUAACUUUAUUACUGUUUCAAGGUAGACUAAAAUUUCCCGUACCCGGGUUUUUAUUGAAAGACAGAAAAGACACAUAUUAUAUGCGUCCCAUGUUUAUUUCUUCUACUUUUAACGUCGUAUAACAUACAAUGCAUUCAAUCUACAAAAUCGACGGAUCUUUAGAGUUGACUGAUUCGAAUAUCAGAAUUCUUUAGGGACCUAUGUCUAUGGAUCCAUUUUUCUUCCGAACUAACGGAUAUAUAAACCAAAGCGAGGAGUAGAUCUUACAAUGAAUUGUUACACCCGAAUGUACUCUUUCGAGAGGGUGGACAUUCCCACAGGUCGGGUUAAAUCAAAUUGCUUGCAUGCUUGCUUGAUCUUACAUAUAACGCAUGCCAUUAACACUACCUACCUACCAGUGGCGUAGCGUGAGUGUCGGCCGCCCGGGGCGGAAGACAAUUUUGCCGCCCUCUUAUUUAAGUAUUUUAAUUUAUUGUAUAACAUUAUGAAGAACUUUUCGACAAGAACAGUAAUCAUUAUUUUGUUUUCCAAGUUUUACAAUCACGUUUAUUAAUACAAAAAUUCUUUUACUUUAACCAAUUAGAUAUAUUGAUAUAACUUAGGUACCUAUCACUUAAGAUUAGGUACACCUUGACGAUCGACAAAAUUAAAUAAAAUCAAUUUUUAAUUAGAACUAGAACGAUACUAUAAUGUUAUAUUUUUAUUUUUAUUGAAAAGUAAUAUGAGUAUUUUUGUUAGAAUUAAAAACAAAACUUCCGUCUUCAAUUAAAAAAUUUAUACGUCUACUUGUUUUAAGAGCAGUCUUUUAUUGUACCAUCAAUGUCUAUCGCAUCACACACCUCUUGCUCAAUAGACAAAAUAGCCAAAUUAGUUAGUCUUAUAGUACUCAUUGUCGAUGCCGAUGUCGAUCUUAAAUAAUUUUUAAUCAUUUUCAAUUUUGAAAAACUCCUUUCACAGCUGGCAUUGCUUAUAGCAACUAUGAAAAAUAUUCGGAACAUUAUUAAAAUAUUGGGCAGAGUAUCUUCCAGCUUGGAUUUAACAAUAAAUUUAAAUAAUUCAAGUGGGUCUGCAUUAAUCAAUUUCGUUGCCUGUAGCAGCAACGAAAGUCCGCAGUCGAAGUUUUUCCAGCUUGACAUCCUACUCGUCAAUUUCGUCAGAUGCGUAGUCUAGAUUAUAUUCAGUGUUGUUGCUGUUGAAAAUGCUCACGAAUUUCUACAAUAACUCUAUCUAAUGAAGAAAACAGCUUUCGUCUCAACUGAUUUUUCCGUCAUCGAAAAUAUGCUUUCUUGUUAUGCGCCGCCGAGAUUUUAUGGAAACUCCAAGUACUUCACACAUAUUUUUGCAUAACCUACAGCGCCAUUUGCCCAUUCCUCUCUUUUCUCUGUCAAUAUCAUCUGCAAAGCAUUUACUUUCUGAGCGCACAAUCUUAUGUCAAAUCCCCUUGUUUGUAAAUAUUUUUGUGCAUCAUUCACUUCAUGUAGCACCGGUUGCCACAUGCCCAAAAAAACAAAGAAAGGAAAAUGACUGCAUCGAAACUAGUAAAGCACCUGCGUCUGUCCAAGCUUUCACCUGCCUCUGUCAGUUUCUCCAAAGUGACGAGAAUAUCUUUGUAAUGAUGCCAUGUCACAUUUACGGCAUAGCCUCUUGCACUCCACCGCGUGUCUUGAAUCCUUCUUUUGCCUGUAACUGCUAUCAGAACUUCCCAACACUUCCCAACGAUGUGUGGAUGAGAAAAAAAAAAAAAGAAUAGCAACGUUCUAAAGUGCCCAAAAAAGUUGUGCUGAUUGUUAGUCAUAAACGGGGAAUAAAUAUCAUUCAAAGAAAAGGAAUUCCCCGAAUUCGUCACAAAAUAAGUAAGGGAAAAUUCCGUGCUCCUUUCAAUCGGUCCGAAUUUGCAGUUGCGAUAAAAAUAUAAAAUGGCUCAAAUAUUUACAAAAUAUUUUUAUUAUUUAUUGUUAAAUUUUGCCGCCCCCACUACGCUACCUACUAUACUCUGUGUUUAAACUAGGAGGAGUAAACUCAAAAAACAGAUUCACAUCCAAUAAUGUCAUUAUAAAAAACACCACAUUCAUCUUAUAUUUGGUUGAUCAGGUCGCCCUUAGACGGUAAUCCAAAAAUAUUAUGUUAUAUUAAUACGUCGCUAAACAGUUCUAAAAACAACUGUUCUUUGUAUAAAUGCAGACUAUGUAAAAACCUAAAAAUUAAAAGAAGUACACAGAAAACACAAAAUAUCGCCGAGUUAACUUUACUAACCUAUGAAUUUUAAAUGCUAAUAGUGUCAAAAUUUUAUAAUUUAUUGGAGUAAACUUGCCUGCGGUUGGAUCAAUUACAAACAAGCAUUAUGGCGCGGUAAAUUUGAAUUACUCCUCUUAGUUUAAAAACGAUAUAGUGCCACCGAUUCGAGCAAAUGUUUUUGCAAAUACAUAUUGUUAUAACAAUAUUUAUAUUAAUAAAUAUUAUUAUUUAUUUGUAUAGAAUAUUAAUAUUAGAGAUAAUAUCGAGCAAUAUUUGUGAAUUAAUAAUUGUUCCAAUGAAUUGUUAAACAUCUCCUAAAACAAGAGAAUCUGUUUGAAAGUUUUUGGAAUUAAACUUUUAAAGUAAAUACAGUACAACCUCGAUUAUCCGUGCUGGUUUUCCAUUACUCAAAUUGCAGUUUUGAGGUUUUAUCGAAAUAGCGUCACCGUAAAUCACUCGAUAGUUUCCAUCGAGGAUAUAUUGUAUUAUGCUGUAGCACCAGCGUGGAUAACAAAAAAAAAAUAUGUAACACGACAAAUUAAACAAACAUAAAAAUAUCUAUACUUGGUGCUACGUAACUUUACGGAGUACCUCGGUAGAAGUCUUCAGAGAUCUAGGGGUGUGGAUUCUUAAUAGAUUUUAAAUAUAAUAGAAACUCAAUUGCUCGUGGGGCGCCAUAAUUAAAAGAAAAUAAAAGACGAAACAUACUUAAAACUUCAAAAUAAAAUAAUUAAAGUAACAAGUUAAUAAAAAUAUACACAUAUGUCCAAAAGUUUGCAAUAUAGGAAUAUUUCAUCUUUUUGUUGAUUUUUAUAUAUAACCUCUUCUGAAUAGUUAAACAUCAUUUAGUUUCAAUUAUCAUCAAUACUAAAUAAAUCUCUAAAUCAGAUGAACGAUAUGCAAAAAAAUUAUUUAAUCUCUUGGAGUAAAAAACUUACAAUGUACAACUUACAUUUUAAAAAUAAAUUGGUAUAGAAAAAAAUAAUUUUUAAUAAAACUAAUAAUCAGUAUUUCCUCUAUUGGCCUGCAUGCAUGCCUGUAGGCGAUUUGGCAUGCUGUCGAUUAACUGGUCGAGCUGAGCUUGCGUAAUUCUCUCCCAUUCUUCACGAGCAGUAUCUUUUAGUCCUCGAAGUGUAAUAGGGGGAUUGUUUCGCUUCUUGAUGCGUGUUUUGAGAAUGUCCUAAGCCUGUUUAAUGACGUUCAUGUCGGGGGAAUUCGAGGGCCACGAUAAUGUAGAUAUUUCUUCUUCUUCUAGAAAAUGUUGUUCUGCUGCUGUUUGAUGAGGAGGCGUGUUGUCAUGCAUAAACACAAAUCUAUCACCUACUGCCACUCGGAAUAGACGCACGACAGGAUUUAAAACUUUCUCAAUGUACACAGCACCAGUGAAUCUUCUCUCCAGAACCAGCAGUGGCGUCAGUGCACCACUCAUAAUACCACCCCUAAUCAUAAUACUGCCACCUUCAAAUGGGGCACGCGGUUGGGCUGUUUCUAGUCAGACUUGUCGUCCUGGAACCCUCCAAACCAGUGUUCUCCGCGAAUCAGAAACCAAACCAAUUUUUGAUUCGUCAAAGAACAUCACGUUAUUCCAGUUAGGACCAUGAUGCACCAUUUUCUAACCCAUUGCAACCUUACUAUUUUGUGUUGGUAGGUUAGUUUAGGAAUAUGUAACGGUCUUCUACGAUACAAAUUCACCGCAUUUGGUAUGUGUGUUACUGUUUGCCGUGUCCUUGAAGUCUAGCAAUUUCUCUUGAUAUACCAUUUGUAGAUUCCAGAAGAUUUCUUCGAGCUAUCAAUGUUAUCUGCCGGUCUCGUGCUGCUGUUGUACAUCGACUUCUACCGCUUCUGCGCCGAUCUUUCACGUCAUUUAAAUCUUGGAUUUUUUUUUAAUUAUCGAUACAGCACUCUGAGUAACAUCAACAAUACUUGCGAUAUCUCUUUGAAUUAAGCCCUGUUGUCACGAAGCAAUUACUCUAGAUCUGUCAAAAUGAGAUAUCACGUUUCUAGGCGUUUUAAAACGGUUCAAUUCAAAUUUAAACAAAGACUGAAAUAAUGUAAAUACGCUAAUCAGUUGAAUAUGACUAAAUUGAUACAAAAAAGAUUAAAUUUUUUAUCAGUUUCAUUUGAAGACUCUGUAGAAAUGACUAUCAACAACAGUCUUGAGACCACCAUAGGCGUAGUUAUAUUAUUUGCACAUAUUCCAAACUUUUGGACAUGUGUGUAUAGUUAUCAUAAGAUACAAACACAUUUACAUAAAUAUAAAUAUAGCAUGACUUACCAUAAUGUUCUCAGUUGAAUAUCAUUUAGGACGAAGAGAAAGGAAUCAGAUAAUAAUAUUAUCAAUCAAAAAAAUAUUAUAAAAUGAAUCAACUUUUUAUUAAAAUUAAAAUAAAAAAAUGAAAUGAUGGAUCUCUUGUGGACAAUAUAAGAGAUUCUGUCUACAAAAACAAUAAAAAGGUUUACAAACAAUACCUUGUCAUAUAGUCCUGUCCUCAUUCUUCACGUUGUGAAUGUCCAAAAACACGCACUUUUCACUGAAUUUAGAUAAAGAAUAGUACAAAAAUGUUUAUUUCCAUGAAAAGUUUCAGCAAAGAUAAAUAAACUUUCAAAUUAUUGUUCAAAAAUGAAUAAACUUCCAAAUGGAUCUGCUCAUAUUGACUUUUUAACAUAUUUUAAUAACUUCUAAUUAACUUCUUGAAGUAUUUAUUAUUAAUAUUGAUACUUAAUUCAUGACUGCUUAAAAAAAUUAAAUAGUGUAUUACACACCAAAACUAACCAGCUUUUUGCCUGAACGUGGCAACAAAACUUCGAAAUCGGCUACAUUCUCACUUAAGUUCUCAAUCAAACUUCCACUUAAACAAAAACUAAAAUUUCAACUCAACUCUUCCGAAACCGCUAUAAGCGGUCUCCGCCCGAGGCUAUAACUCAACCUCUGACUUCUACUUCCAAAACUUGCUCCAUUUCUCUCAUUCAAACCUACUCAUCCAAUCAACCAAUAAGAAAAAAAGUUUAAUCCUUCCUUCUUUCAUCAUUGACUAAUAAAAAAAUAACCAAGCUUCCUACAUUUACUACCGACCAAUAGGAAAAAACACAACAUAUUCGAAGUCCAACCUACUUAGUAGGGAACCAUCAAAUAUCAGUUUGCAAAGUCAGCAAACCUCUCCCAGUUCCACAGUUCUCAAGAAAGAUAUUGGCGAGUCCACAAUUAACACCCGCGCUCUCUGAUACUCAAGGCAGCACGUUUUGUGUAUCUAAACUCCAAGAAUCGUGGAGCCAAAACGAUCAUUAGCUACAAUGUAACUCUUCUUUACAUCACAAACUGACUGUUAAAAGUUCAAUUAUCGAGCGAUAAUAUAAACACAGAAAACCGAAAUUAGACAUGACUGCAAAAUAAUAUAACGUAUUUUUUUAACAAAACUGUUAAAUUUUCACGUUUUUUUUCGGAACAGAAAUAAAUUCAAUGAAUUUACUUGGCAUAUGAAGCGAUAUUCUUAUGUCUACAGGGCGAGACAAAAAUAUGUAACAAUGAAAUUUACGAUUUUUGGUUUCUGCAUAAGGCAAAAUGAUCCUUUUUGUGUUCCUUUGAACCGUUUCAAUUCGUCUCCCUGAGACGCAUAAUACAAUUUCGAAAGCAAUAGUUCUCAGGGAAAUAAUUUAUUGCUUGUCAUCUGCCGUGACGCUACUCUGCUAUGUUCUUUCAGUAUUUCCAAAAUAGCAAUCAUCAUCAUUCAACCCGGAUCUAUCCACUGCUGGAUAUAGGUCUCCCUCAGUCUUUUCCAUGCAUUUCUGUUUUGUGCUGUUUGCAUCCAGUUUUUGUCACUGGGCAGUUCUGACUUAAGAACAUAGCUCAGCUUGCCGAAUGCCACUCCACCCAAAUGAGUCCUAUGCGGCGGCUUAGUUCUUACGUUUGAUUAUCUCUUCCUAUGAGUAUCUCAUGCCCUAAGUACUUAAAAUAACCUAUAAAAAUAAUAAUGCCCUAAAAAAUAGCAAUAACUGGUGUAAAAUCCAAAGACAUAUUUUAACAAUUGAACAAAAUCUAGUGAUUUUAAAGAAGUGAAAAGGGUGAACGUGUCGCAUCAUUAUCAGAAAUCUAUGAAGUUGGCAAGCAAACAAGUCAAUCUACAAAAUUUUAUAUCUAAGUCUGACCCCCUUUAAAAACAAAUCUGCAUGAAAAGAUCGACUUUUUAAAUAAAUUUAAUGAACAAUUUCCCUUAUAAAGGGUAUAUUUAUUUAAAAACCCUUAAAAGGGCUACAAUUAUCACAGAACGUUUUCGUUCUCUAAAAAGAGCACCGUCAGUGUUACAGGCUUGACAUGGUGAGCCACCAAAAAUACAUAGGUUAAAACCUUUUAAAUGUUAACUAAAUAUCGUACAUUUCAAAAUUAGUUAAGAAAUCCAAAGGAUGGAUAUAAUCGCUAAGGAUAUGGCCCUGAGGCAUUAUAUGGCUCCCACGAGGCACGUGGGUCGCUAAGUGAAAAAUACUAUGUCUUCACAUUGAGAACAGUGAGUGUCAACUCAUUUACGCCCGGUUUCCGAAAGGAUGAUCAUCUCAAAAAUUAUGUAAUCGACGAUUAACAAUGGAUUAAAUGCGUCAGAAACGUCAAACAAACUAGUUUUAACAACAGUAGAUCACCUGACAAAAGAUUAAUCGCUUGUUAACAGCCGAUCAUAAGUGUUUUGAGUCUCUGAAAGGUCGAUUAACCAGUUUCGCUUGUCAAACGGCGGUAAAAAUGUACUGUUACCUAAUAUGAGAUUAUCCGUCGAUUAACGGGCUGUUAAGAGUUUUUUUAGUUUUUUAAUUACUGUAAUUACCAAAUACCGGGAAAAAAUUGUCAAAUAACACAUAUAUAAAUGAGAUAAAUCAUAUUAUUCAAUAAACAUAAGUUUUUUUAUGGAAGAAAUAAUUUAAAAAAUUUAUUUAACUUGCAGAACAUGGAUAUCUCGGACAUUUUUGUAUAUUUGAUUAUAUAAUUUAUAUUUUUUUCGUUUAAAAAUGUAAGAUAACAAUGAUGCUAGACUCAUAGAGCUAUUUUUUGAGAGGCCAGAGCUCUAAAAAGCAGAACAUAAUGAUAAUAGCGAUGUAAAUAAGAGGGAAAACGUGUGUGAAAUUAUAGCAGCUAACUUUGAAGACAAUAAAACAGCCGGUAAAUAAAUUAAAAAUAAAUACAAAAAGUAAUUAUAUAGACCAAAAAUAAAAAUAUGAGUAUAAAAUAUAGAUCAUAAAUAAACUGUUUUAUAUCUCCAAAUCUCAUCACAUAAAUUUAAUGCGUUUUAUUCUUUUUGAAAUUAUCUAGCCUCAUUUUUAAAAUGCUAUCAUUCAAUUCUUGCUCCAAACCAAAGUGACAGUACGUAAGAGAGAAUGCACCUUUAGAGAUACAACGAUACAAGUUUGGAUUUAGAGGUUAAUAUAAUUGAAAUUUUGAAGGAUAACAGUCAAUUGUGACAGUAUCGAUAACAAAUUGUAUGUCAGAUCAUCGAUUACAUGAUCUAUGAUCGUGUAAUUUUACAAUAAUUGGCGUUUGAGAAACCCAUCACUGGUUAACAGUUGAUCCAAUCUGACAGCCGAUUAGAUGAUCGGAGAUUUGAAUAACGUUUCGGAAACCGGCUGUUAGUCUACCUUGCAAACACAUAGAUAGUAGCUUUAGUUUUGUACAGCGUUUCCAGACUUUAAAAUACAUAUGUAUGAAGUUUUACAAGUUUAUACUAAUUAAGAAAAUUAUAUAUUUUAUAGAUUAUUCUUAAGAUUAUAUUGCUAAGAAACUUAUUCGAAUAAAGUUUGAUUUUUAAUGGA